AGUGGUUUCGGUUUCCGUCUGCUUGCAGGCUGAGAGGCGGCGCUGAUGCCGGAAGGUGUCGCUGUUUGUGUAUUUGGUUCAUCUGCUAUCCGGCGAAACCCUCUUCCUCCUUGUCAUGAUCAUGGCUGCCGGUAUAGAAGAACCCUUUCCCUUCCAUGGGCUGCUCCCCAAGAAAGAGACCGGAGCCGCGGCUUUCCUGUCUCGGUACCCGCACUAUGAUGGACGCGGCGUGCUGAUUGCUGUGCUGGAUACCGGGGUAGACCCGGGGGCACCGGGGAUGCAGCAAACCUCAGAUGGGAAGCCCAAAAUUCUAGACAUCUUAGAUACAACUGGAAGUGGAGAUGUGAACACCAGUACUGUACUUGAGACAAAAGAAGGAGUAAUAGUUGGCCUGUCUGGACGGACUUUAAAGAUUCCCACGAGCUGGCUAAAUCCAUCUGGCAGAUAUCACAUUGGUAUUAAAAAUGGUUUUGACUUUUAUCCGAAGGCUCUCAAGGAGCGACUACAGAAGGAGCGAAAAGAGAAGUUGUGGGAUCCCAUCCAUAGAGCUGUAGUUGCAGAAGCCUGCAGGAGACAGGACGAGAUGGACACAACUUCCAACCCUCAAACUCAGAUGGGAAAAUUGCUGAAAGAAGAUGUACAAAACCAAGUAGAAAUCCUAAAUACAUUUGAAAAAAAAUACAGUGAUCCUGGCCCCGUAUAUGACUGCUUGGUGUGGCAUGACGGGGAAUCAUGGCGAGCAUGCAUGGACACAAGUGAGUGUGGAGAUCUUGAAGCUUGCACUGUGUUGGGAAGUUACAGAGAGACACAAGAGUAUGCUUCUUUUGGCACAACAGAAAUGCUGAAUUACUCCGUAUGCAUUUAUGAUGAUGGGAAUUUGCUCUCUAUUGUAACAAGUGGGGGUGCUCAUGGUACACACGUGGCCAGUAUUGCUGCUGGAUACUUUCCUGAGGAACCUGAAAGAAAUGGCGUAGCUCCAGGAGCUCAGAUCCUAGCUAUAAAGAUUGGUGACACGAGACUGAGCACAAUGGAGACUGGCACAGGACUUAUAAGAGCGAUGAUUGAAGCAAUAAAGUAUAAAUGUGACCUGGUCAAUUACAGCUAUGGGGAAGCAACACACUGGCCAAAUUCUGGGAGAAUUUGUGAGGCUAUUAAUGAAGCGGUGUGGAAAAAUAACAUAAUUUAUGUCUCAAGUGCUGGCAAUAAUGGUCCAUGUCUUUCAACAGUUGGGUGCCCAGGAGGUACUACAUCUAGUGUAAUUGGUGUGGGGGCCUAUGUUUCACCAGACAUGAUGGUUGCAGAAUAUUCACUCCGAGAAAAACUACCUGCCAAUCAAUACACUUGGUCUUCAAGAGGUCCUAGCACUGAUGGAGCCCUGGGUGUCAGUAUAAGUGCUCCAGGAGGAGCUAUUGCAUCUGUGCCAAAUUGGACCCUGCGUGGGACUCAGUUAAUGAAUGGCACAUCCAUGUCUUCUCCCAAUGCUUGUGGAGGCAUUGCACUAGUAUUAUCAGGUCUUAAAGCAAAUGGUGUCCAGUACACUGUGCAAUCAGUCCGGAGAGCUUUAGAAAAUACUGCAAUGAAGGCUGACAACAUUGAAGUGUUUGCACAAGGGCAUGGUAUUAUUCAGGUUGACAAAGCCUAUGACUACCUCAUGCAGGAUGCAUCGUUAAUAAGUAAGAUAGGUUUUACAGUAACAGUUGGAUGUGGUCGUGGAAUUUACCUCAGGGACCCAGUUCAGGUUGCUGCCCCCUCUGACCACGGUGUGGGCAUUGAGCCAAUGUUUCCAGAAAACACAGAUAACUCUGAACGAAUCUCCCUCCAACUUCACUUGGCACUCACCUCAACUGCAUCCUGGGUUCAGUAUCCCAGUCACUUGGAGCUGAUGAACCAGUGUAGGCAUAUAAAUGUCCGUGUGGAUCCUCGUGGUCUGCGUGAAGGGGUGCAUUAUACAGAGAUUUGUGGAUAUGAUGUAUCUGCUCCUAAUUCUGGUCCAUUAUUCAGAGUUCCUGUAACCGUUAUUAUUCCAUUAAGGCUCAGUGAUUCUGCAUUGCUGGAAAUGGAGCGUAAAGAUGUGCAUUUCAAACCCGGACAGAUACAUCGUCAUUUUAUUGAAGUUCCCCAAGGGGCUUCAUGGGCCGAGGUUACAGUGACCUCCCGUUCUUCUGAUGUGGCUUCCAAGUUUGUUCUCCAUGCCGUUCAGCUAGUGAAGCAGAAAGCUUACAGAAGCAACGAGUUUUACAAAUUUACAUCUUUGCUAGAGAAUGGUUCUGUAACAGAAGCAUUUCCUGUACUGAGUGGAAAGACCAUUGAAUUUUGUAUUGCACGUUGGUGGGCAAGUCUCAGUGAUGUCACGAUUGACUACACAGUUUCUUUUCAUGGGCUUGCCUGUGGACUGUCUCAGCUGAAUAUUCACGGAUCUGAUGGGAUUGUAAGAUUUGAUGUACUGUCUACAUUAAAGUAUGAAGACUUGUCUCCCGCCAUUAGUUUGAAAAAUUGGGUGCAGACUUUAAGGCCCAUCAGUGCCAAAACCAGACCUCUAGGUGCCCGUGAUAUUUUGCCAAAUAAUCGCCAAUUAUAUGAAAUCAUCUUAACGUACAACUUUCACCAGCCUAAGAGCGGAGAAGUGACACCGAGCUGCCCGCUACUGUGCGAUUUGUUAUAUGAAUCUGAAUAUGAUAGCCAGCUUUGGAUUAUUUAUGACCAGAACAAAAGACAGAUGGGCUCAGGAGAUGCUUAUCCUCACCAGUACUCUGUGAAACUUGAGAAGGGAGAUUAUACAAUAAGAAUGCAGAUUCGCCAUGAGCAGAUAAAUGAACUGGAGCGCCUGAAAGACCUUCCCUUUGUGGUCUCUCACAGAAUGUCUAACACUCUGAGCCUGGAUGUUUAUGAAAGUCACAGCAUGGCUCUUCUAGGAAAGAAAAAGGCGAACACUACUAUCUUGCCUCCUAAACAUAGCCAGCCAUUCUUUAUUACAAUGCUACCUGAUGAAAAAAUCCCUAAAGGUGCUGGGCCGGGCUGCUACCUUAGUGGCACUCUGACAAUGUCCAAGACGGAACUAGGCAAGAAAGCAGGGCAGUCUGCAGCAAAGCGACAAGGAAAAUAUAAAAAGGAUGUGAUAUCUGUUCAUUAUCAUUUGAUACCAUCCUCAAAUAAACCAAAGAAUGGCAGCAAGGAUAAGGAAAAAGAACCGGAGAAAGAAAAGGAUGUAAAAGAAGAGUUUGCCGAAGCUCUCCGAGAUUUAAAGAUUCAGUGGAUCACUAAACUUGAGAGCAGUGAUAUCUUCAAUGAAUUAAAAGAAAUUUUUCCAAAUCAUCUUCCCCUAUAUGUGGCGAGACUUCAUCAACUCGAUUCUGAAAAGGAACGAAUGAAACAGAUUAAUGAAAUGAUUGCUGCAGCUGACGAGGUCAUCUCUAGAAUUGAUCAGACAGCUCUUGCGUUUCAUUUUGCCAUGAAGACUGAUUCCAGACCCGAUGCAGCCACAAUUAAAAAUGACAUGGACAAGCAGAAGAACACACUGAUUGAUGCACUCUGUCGGAAAGGCUGCGGCCUGGCAGAUAAAGUGCUCCACCUGCAGGCCAAGGACGGUGCUGCUGCCUGUGACACAGAUGGAGAAGAUGACUUGGAGGUUACUUUGGAAGCUUUAAAUGAUACUUACUGGGAAGUAACCAAGUGGGCUGACAUAAAUGACUCAAAGGUAUUGCCAUUUGUCUACAAGCAUGCUCUAGCAAAUAAAUUAUAUGGGCGCGGGAUUAAAUCUGCAACAAAGCUAGUAGAGGAAAAGCCAACUAAAGAAAACUGGAAGAACUGUGUCCAGCUGAUGAAAUUACUUGGAUGGACCCACUGUGCAUCUUUUACAGAAAACUGGAUACCAAUCAUGUAUCCGCCAGAUUAUAGCAGUUUUUAAAGUGGCCCCUGUAAUCGGUGUUUUAUACAAAGGUCUUAUUACUGGAAUUGUCAUAUUAUCUACAGCUGUUUAUGAUUUGUUUUUUUUUCUAAUGCAUGUUAUUUGUUCUUGAAUGGUAACUGUUAAUCUGUGUAUUUCUCUGCCAAUACACCCACUCCCAACAUAAUGUGUGUUAUUUGGAUGGGAUAGGGUUAUUGCAUGUCUAGUUGGUUAUUUUUAAUGAAAGAGCUAGAUUUUACAUUUAACAUACUUUUAAAAUUUUAGGUUGAGGUCAUUAAUGCCUUAUUCAUUAUACAUAAGUCACAUUUUAUUUAUUGAGGAGGGGGGGGGGAAGAAACCAGUGUUGUGCUGUUUGCCUACACAUGGUUGCAGCCAUGGUUUUUUGCUUUUUUUUCCCUAAAAUCUAGCACCUUUUUCUGGUAUCAUAUUUUUUAAUCCUUAUAACUAGUUCUGGAAUCAGGAAUAAAGUGAAAUUAUUUCAGGUAUGACUAAAAUAAGCGUCUGAAGACUUCCACAUCCACAGCAUGGAAGUUGCUAUGUAUCAGCUUGUAACUUUAGGGGAGUAGUAGUAAUGUGUCUGGGUACCACUACCUUUUCAUAGAAAAUGUUGUGGACUGAUGUAUCCGUUCUGGGAAUACAACCUGUACAUUAAGAACUAGUGACCUCAUUUAAGCAUGAGGCUCAGCAAUCAUGGAUGUUCCUACAAAGUCAUUGGUUGCAUUCUCAUGAAUUGCUGCAUCACCUGUGUAGGUGAGAGGCACAUGUUACAUAACACACUGCUAUUUACAUUUACAACAAAUGUACGGACUUCUUGCAUCCAUCAACUUUGUGCUAAAGGGUCUUCUCCAAGGGUUUUGUAUUGGUCAGCAGUGAGAAAUGUCUUUCUUGGAAAGGCCUAUUGCAAUGUAUCUGCUUUAUAUGGGGUAAAGAUAAAUAAAUCGCAUAACAUAUUGUGUAGACAUCAGAAGAGUUUUUAUUCAGGCAGUAGCAAAAACCUGCAUAUGAAUGAAGAUAGAGAUAUGUGCCAGGUAUUUAAUGUUCCUUAUUCAGGUAUAUUGUAAAGCUAUACAUAUGUUUAUUAACAUACAGUAAUUAUGUAAAAUAAAACUGAAACCAUGCACAGAACAAAUAUGUUAUAAACUCUUAUCUAGAUUUUUUUUUUGUUUGUUUUUUUUUACAAUUAAAAAAAAUGAUUAGGAAAUCUCA